AUGGAGUCAAAGCUUCAGCAAUUGCUUGAAAAAGGCGGCCUUGCACAUACUAUUCAGGGCUUCAUCGAUGCGGGCAUAUGUAAUGUUCAGCAGCUAAAGCAACUUGUCAUGCAAGACUAUCAGUCUGUUGGCAUCAUUGGUAUGAUUGAUCGACGUAAGCUCUUUGAACUAAUUCAAUUCCUCAAACGCGAACAGACAAACAACGGCUCACAAAGCAUCAACACUUCGUCGGCGUCAACCACUGAGGCCCCCUCACGCACACGCACGGUACCCGUCAUGUCGGAUCACCCUGCUCCAGCGCGCGUCGCGACUCCGCUGCGUCAGCCAACCCCGACAAAAUCUAUGAAUGAUUCUGAAAAGAUGCACGAGGCUUCGCGAAAUAAUUUAUCUCAGCGCCGUGACCCAAACGCAGAUACGGAUUUCAUUGCAAAAGGCAGUAAUUCUUCCCGCCCUGCUUCUCGUCCCAUCUCACGUCCCUUGAGCCGGACUAGCUCCAUGACGACCUCCAUAGGUAAGCGCAAUGAAGGACCACAGGUACGACGUCGCAGUCGCAUUGUGGUGGUUAUUCGUAAGCGUCCACUCAGUGCAAACGAGAUGAAUGACAAUUUGUACGAUAUUCUGGCAACGGAUCCCAACAACAGUCGUAUCAUCACAUUGUUAGAGCCUAAGCAGAAGGUGGAUCUGACGCGCUAUAUUGAGAAGCAUCGCUUCACGUACGAUCUUGUCCUUGAUGACCGCAAGACGAAUCGCGACGUCUAUGAGUUAGCUUGCAAACCGCUAGUCGAAACAGUGUUCGAGGGCGGAUGCGCAACUUGCUUUGCCUAUGGGCAGACCGGCAGCGGCAAGACCUACACGAUGCUCGGCAAGAACUCGCAGGAGGGUAUUUACUUGAUGGCCGCACGUGACAUUUAUUCGCGUUUGGAGCCAGGGAUGGCGAUCCAUGUCUCCUUCUUCGAAAUCUAUGGUGGAAAGCUUUAUGACUUGCUGAAUGAGCGGGAGCGGCUAGCUUGCCGAGAGGAUAGUCGUGGAGUGAUUAAUGUUUGUGGUCUCACUGAGCAUCGUGUUCAGGAUACUGAUCACCUCAUGCGGAUUAUCGACUACGGCAACAACAUUCGUGCGGCUGGCUCCACCGGCAUGAAUGCGGAUUCGUCACGCUCACAUGCCAUUUUGCAUAUCACCAUUGUUAACUCAAAAAAUCGUUUCUUUGGCCGCUUCACUUUCAUCGACUUAGCAGGAUCCGAACGUGGUGCCGAUACCCUCGAUAGCGACCGAGCCACUCGCCUUGAAGGGGCCGAGAUUAAUAAAUCCCUUCUGGCUCUGAAGGAAUGCAUCCGUGCACUAGACCAAAACCAUCGGCAUAUCCCGUUUCGUGGGUCGAAGCUGACGGCUGUCCUUCGGGAUUGCUUUACGGGUAACAGCCGAACCGUAAUGAUUGGCAACAUCAGUCCGGCGAGCGGCAGCUGUGAGCACACGCUCAACACACUCCGUUACGCUGAUCGUGUUAAGGAGCUUAAGAAGGACCGCUCAAACCACAGCGCGGCGGAGGAAAUAAUGAUGGGACAGAUGCCAACCGAGCAUGUGGAGACGGUAGGGCUUUCGGGCUCGUUCGCGCAGCGCCGAGCGCAGGAACGCAAGGUGUCAUCCACCAGUGGUCUCUGUGCUGGCGGAGACUCGCGGUCAUCGAGCCAAGCCCGCACUCCUGCAACCCCCCCUCCCGGUGCCGCCAAACCGUUUUUCUUCAUCCGAGAGGCUAGCUCUAGCGACUCUUUGCGUCCCCAAGGAUUCAUCACGCGCCAGGGCAGUUCCGGACCCGUUGGGGUUCCUGCCAGGCAUGAUACGGCAUUUAAACCAGGCUCUAAGUUUAGCCGCCAGGGUAGUGAUAUGUCUUCUACCGCGGCUAGCCCCAUCGUCAACGACUUCCGCUAUGACAGCGCCGAUAGCCUUGACGCCGAGGAGGACAAUCUUAUCUUGGCCCACCGCCACCACAUUGAUUCCAUGAUGGAACUUUUGAAGCAGGAGAUGACGCAGCUGAAUGCCGCAGAGAACCCGGAGACAAGUAUGGAGGUGUAUUGUCGCAACGUGGAUCGCAUUCUGGGAAACCAGACUAAGCGGAUCGAAGGGCUACGAAAACAGAUCGCACAGUACGGUAAACACUUAGGGACUAGACGGCAGCGCUGA